AUGGUUGCAUCUCCUCCUACCGCCACCGCUACAGCCGCCACCGCUACAGCCUCCACCACUACAGCCUCCACUGCUACAGCCGCCACUGCCACAGCCGCCACCACUCACAGUCUCCACCACAGCCCGCCACAGCCUCCACCACCACAGCCGCCACUGCUACAGCCUCCACUGCUACAGCCUCCACCUCAUCACAGCCUCCACUGCCACAAGCAGCUGCCACCGCCACAGCCGCCACUGCUACAGCCUCCACCACUAGUAGCUCUCCACUAUAGCCUCACCGCUACAGCCUCCACCUCACCACAGCCUCCACUGCUACAGCCUCCACCGCUACAGCCUCCACCAGCCUCCACAGCCUCCACCGCCAGCCGCCACUGCUACAGCCUCCAAUUCAAGAUCACACCACUCAACAGUCAAGAUCACACCACUCAACAGUCAGGACCACACCACUCAACAGUCAAGAUCACACCACUCAAGAUCACAUCAUCCCCCUCAACAGUCAGGAUCACACCACCAAGAUCACAUCAUCCCCCAACAACCAGGAUCACACCACUCAAGAUCACAUCAUCCCCCCUCAACAGCCCCAAGAUCACACCACUCAAGAUCACAUCAUACCCCUCAAGUCAGGAUCACACCACUCAAGAUCACAUCAUCCCCCUCAACAGCCAGGAUCACACCACUCAAGAUCACAUCAUCCCCCCUCAACAGCCAGGAUCACACCACUCAAGAUCACAUCAUACCCUCACCCUAAGCAUCUCCCUCAGUCCAGUAUCUCCCCAGUCCAGUAUCUCCCUUAGUCCAGCAUCUCCCUCAGUCCAGUAUCUCCUCAGUCCAGUAUCUCCCCAGUCCAGUAUCUCCCUUAGUCCAGCAUCUCCCCCACCCUCAGUCCAGCAUCUCCCUCAGUCCAGCAUCCCUCAGUCCAGUAUCUCCUUAGUCAGCAUCUCCCUUAGUCCAGCAUCUCAGUCAGCAUCUCCUCAGUCCAGUAUCUCCUCAGUCCAGUAUCUCCUCAGUCACAUUCCCCUCAGUCCAGUAUCUCCCUCAGUCCAGCAUCUCCUCAGUCCAGUAUCUCCCUUAGUCCAGCAUCUCCCUCAGUCCAGCAUCUCCUCAGUCCAGUAUCUCCCCAGUCCAGUAUCUCCCCAGUCCAGUAUCUCCCUCAGUCCAACUCCCUCAGUCCAGUAUCUCCCUAGUCCAGCAUCUCCCCAGUCCAGUAUCUCCCUCAGUCCAGUAUCUCCCUUAGUCAGCAUCUCCUCAGUCCAUCUCCUCAGUCAGUAUCUCCUCAGUCCAGUAUCUCCCUCAGUCGAUCUCCCUAGUCAGCAUCUCCUCAGCCCAUCUCCCCAGUCCAGCAUCUCCCUCAGUCCAGUAUCUCCUCAGUCCAGUAUCUCCCUAGUCCAGCAUCUCCCUCAGUCCAGUAUCUCCUCAGUCCAGUAUCUCCCCCAGUCCAGUAUCUCCCUAGUCCAGCAUCUCCCUCAGUCCAGUAUCUCCCUCAGUCCAGUAUCUCCCUCAGUCCAGUAUCUCCUUAGUCCAGCAUCUCCUCAGUCCAGUACUCUCAGUCCAGUAUCUCCCUUAGUCCAGCAUUCUAGUCCAGCAUCACCCUCACCAGUAUCUCCUCGCCAGCAUUCCCUCAGUCCAGUAUCUCCUUAG